AUGGGUCGCUUCCCAUGGAGUCAGGGACACUCGAAGCAAUCCGGUGACAAGGCGCACACGGCUGCCCAUGAAUCGUCCUCCAAGGAACAUGGCGAGGUGUCAAGGCAAUCACUGACCGACUCGAUGAAAGAGAGUUCAAGCUUGGACUCGGGCAGCAGCGACAUCUUUCCCAAUCCACGAGCAAGAUCACGGACCGACACUGUGACUUCGUCCUUCUCCAUCUCUGCUCGUUCUUUAUCGGACAUUUCAAACGACUUGGCGUCUCGACCUUCCUCCCGGCAGAGCUUCGCGGACGGCGGAAUGCCGCUGCAAGAGCGCCACGAAAACACCGCCAAGGCCCUGUUAGCGAAAGGGACCCGCAUAUUGAAGCGACAGGGCAGCAAGCUCAAUCUUCUUUCAUCUCAGCUAGAAGACCGGUCGCAUGACCUUGCCGAGUUGAGGGCUGGCGAGCUGUCUCCGAUUCGGGGCCUCCAACGCCAGCCCACUCUGAGCUCAAGGCGGCCCGGUCUCAAGCGAAGCAUAUCGGGGCCUUUUGCUUUUCAACAUGUCACCCAUGGUGAACAAGCUCGCUUCCAAAGCCUGGACUCGGUUAGCAAAACAGAUUUGACGUCCGAGUUCAACGCCCUUCAGACCGGUCAAGAACCUAAGAGCGAAAUCCGCGGGAUCCCGGUCACGGACUUACCUGUCAAGAAGGACGAUGCAAAUAUCGAAAUUGGACUCGAGGAGCCAACAUCGCCGACCACCGACGCCAUCCCAUUAUUGCCAACAACACCGACGCGGCCAAGGCCACCACCAAAGGACGGCUUGAUGUCACCAUACAGUCCUUCUGAUUUCCGGUUGUCUCGGUCAAUGGAGAACUUCUCCCGUCCCACGAGACUGUCUGUGACUGCCCUCGACAUUUCUCCAACCACGGCGACGAGCCAGCGAUUAUCAGCCAUGAGUCCCGUUAGUCAAGCCAAUGCUCUAGCAAAGCCACUACCACACCUGCCAGGUGAUCAUGUCGUGCACGCUGUAUCGACCAGGGAUGACAUUGCACUUCCUCUGCGCACUGCGCCGUUGCCUUCGCCUCCGAAGGCCAUGAUGGAGGUAGUUGAAGAAGAGACGCCGGAAGAAAGAGACCCGUUGCGAGCAGGUCAUUCAUGUCAUCAACCAACGGCGUUGCAUGUGCUGCCCGAGGUGACACCGAGGCAGCUCAAGCGAAGAAGCCAGUCUUCUGGAGAAAUCCGGUUCGACGUCAUCUCUUACGAUAGUCCACCUAAGGUCUGUACUCUGGGUGCAUCCACAAUCGGAAACACGGGACAAGAAGCACGCCGGAAGUGCAAGAACCGCAUCUCCAUUGGGGUGAAGCCAAUCGAUAUCGAGGGCUGGGAGGACGCUAUUGAUUAUUCUUGGGAGCACGCCGCAGAGCUUGAAGCGGAAGAGGACAUGGGCAUGUCGCCUACCGAUCUUCGGCAGCCAAAUAGCUUCCGCAUCCCUCAGGAGAACUAUCUGGUCGUGGAACAGGGCGUUAUUGACGAAGUGUCUUCAUCGGCUUCGACUCCCUUGAUGAUGCAGGCGGCCAACAAGCCUCUGCGGGAUGAGCCUGCGCCGUCGUCUGACCAAGCAGAAGACCAAUCAUCUCCCCUUCUCGGACUUGGAAUCGACUCCCCUCAGCCACCUCCGAGUGCUCCCUUUACUGAACUUGUGGCCAGUGUGCCUCACGAAGCAGAGAACACUUUCUCUUCGAACGAAAUCUAUCGCUCUCGGGAUCUGCGGAGUCCAGCGUCUGUUAUGAGCAAAUCAAGCUCACAAGAAAGCUUUAUCGCCUCGAUCUUUGGCACUCACAGGUCGUCGAACUCAAGCACAAGCUUAUCUGACUUCGCCCACUUGGCUGGUGGUAGCUUUGCAGGGUCUACGGAGCACCUCAAGCUGGACCUCCAGGACUUCUCUAUCAUGCCGGCAUCGGAAAAGCACAUCCGGGAGGGCAGCCAAGACACAAUCCGCGAAGAUAGUCAACACAGCAAGUCGAUAGAGGGUCUGGCGGACUUCGGUGGCAUUGCACCUGUGUCCGGCUUUUCCACGUCUUCAACUGGCCAAUGUGCUUUGGGAGCGUCAAGGUCACAGACUCCCAGUAUUCCUGAAAGAAAGUCCUCGGUUCCAGACGCGGUGGACCUUUCGAAACCGCAGAUUGGCCGCAAACGCGCGACGACAGGCACUUCCCGUCCUCGGCGCAACACUCGGGUUUCUUACUCGCUGUUCCCUACGACCCCGACAAAUUAA